UUCAACCUGCCCCGCUCCUCUGCUCGCCCACUGUGUACCUGUCAGAACCCGGCGUUUCUUCAGUAGGACGGUGACCGUUUACCUGUCGUCAUGGUAAUGUCAACGUUUCAGAAGGUCACUCUCGCGACGUGUCUCGUGCUGUGCGUCGCGUUGCUGCUUCCCAAACUGCUGCUGUCCCGAGGGAGGAAGGAUGCUGCUGAGCGGCCGGAGGGUUCUGGUCGUUUCCCUCCGAUGGUGCACCGUCAGACGGCCCCGGAGGGCCGUGGCCAGAGGGCUGCGAGCGCUGGCUUUUCCAGAGCCCACAACACUGAGGCCAUAGCCAAGGCGAAGGGAGUGGGAACGGGGGCGGGAACCGGAGGCAAAUCCAACCUGGCAGGACAGAUCAUCCCCGUGUACGGCUUCGGGAUCUUACUCUACAUCCUCUACAUAUUGUUCAAGAUCACGUCUAAAAGCAGCAGCAAACCGACAGAGAGCCGGUUUCCUUCUGUCCGCUCAGAGAACAUGAAGAGAAAGAUCACGGACUUCCAGCUGGCUCAGCUGCAGGAGAAACUGAGGGAAACAGAGUUGGUGAUGGAGAAUAUUGUUUCCAACGCCCACCACAGCCCUGACAGGGUGAAGGGAGUGAUGGCCGAUCAGGAGGAGAGCCUGCUGCAGCAGCUGACCGAGAUAACCCGGGUGAUGCAGGAGGGCCAGCUGGUGGAGGGCAUCACGCCAGAGAAGAAAGCCCAGGACAACUGGGAAGAUUAUCCUGAGCAACCUCAUCAGUACUGGCAACAGUCCCGCUGCUGUUGUCAGCACAAUCAGCCGCACCACAGUCCACAGACGGAGGCCGAGGCUGAGAGGACUGAGGCCGACGGAGCCAACCUGGUGGAAGACAUUCCUGCUGAGGAUGUGACGGGUGGAGGAGAAGCUGAGGAGGCCGAGGAUCUGAGCGCAGACGCUGUGAGAGAGUCCGACUUUACAGCAGCGAGCGAAGAAGACAUGAGGUCAGGGAGCGAUUUAGGUGUAAACGAGAGCGCGCACCUACACGAACACAAGGAGGGAGGGGGUAAAAUCGAUCUGGGCGUCCCAGAGGAGGACCUGGCCGGAGUCCUGAAGGAGCUGGAGCUCACACUGAAGAUGACGUCCAUGAUGGAGCAGGAGAAGAUGGAGGACCUGACCCGGCCCGUGGAGACAGAACCUGCCCAGAGCCAGGUCAGACGGAGGAACAAGAGGAGGAGAGCAAAGAAGGCCGCUCACUGACUCUGACAUGACGCAUAUAAACUGGAGCCUGGUGUUUGUGAGGACGGCUUCUUUUUUUAAAUCUGUUCCCAUCAGAUGGGCAGUAGCAUGAGCAGCUUUAUUUAUCUUUACUUGAAGUGAAUAAAUGAGCGACGUGUGAACAGGGCACAGCUUUCAUCAUUAAUAUCAGCUUUAUUUACUGGCUUAGAAAGGAAUACAUUUAUGGUCUUAAACCUUCCAAAUAUACUCAACAUGUUUCUUUGGAAAAACAAGGGUCUAAUUUUUUUAAUGAUCUCAGUCAAAUAUGAUAGAAGUCUGCACAAGAUAGAAGUUCGUAUUUUUUCAUUUAAUUUAAACCAACAAGUGCAGAUAGGAUUUCUUCAGGUCCAGAUUUUAUGUAAAAAAAAAAAAAAAAUAUUGACAACCAGUAUCUUGAAGUGCUGCUGGCUGGGAACAAACCCAGUGUUUAUAUGUCAGGGAAGUGUUGAGUUACUUUUCAUACUUGAUCUCUCCAAGCCUUUAUCUCAGCAAGCAUCAGUUUCUUUUCCUGUAAAAUGAUCUAAAACUAUUCCGUUUCAGAGUUCUUGCAUUAAAGCUGGUCAUACGAUUUAUAAAUGAAUAGAAAACGAGACUGAAUCGGGCCAAUUCAAAACACACUUGUUCUGCAGAUUGAUACAUUUUGGAAACACCAGGAAUAAGUCAUUUUAGCUCAGAUCAGGACAUGUUUUUCUGGGCAGGAAUUAUGCAGCUGAUGAAAACCUAGUUAGCAACAAAACCAACACCAAUUAUUAUUGAGGGGUUGUUCUUUUUUCCACUGUUUGUUCAUGUGUUGAACCAAACACUGCAGCCAUUUUAAACUCUCUGCGGUUAAGUCGCUGGUUUCAGUUUAACACCUUUAUAUGUGAAUAGACAAUAAAUGCACUGCACAAAACGCGACUAUGUAUACUGGGCAUUAAUAGUGUCCCCUCUGUCUUCUAGAUAAACAGUGUUUGUGCUGGAGAAAAUGUGUCCUCUGUACCAACAAUGUUUUAAGUGUUUAACAAACCUGCUGUCUUCAACUCUAAAUGAUUUAAAUAUUUUUACUUUUAUAAAACUUAUUUAUUUAUGAACUGUUCAGAAAAGCACCUGAGAAUGCGAAUCAGUGAUUAAAAUACUGUGAAUGAAAUUUUCUGGGCCCUCUGGUUUCUCCAGUUUCAAGACUUACAGUCAUAAUCUGUAACUUUUCCACAUUAAAAUGUCUAAAAAUGA